AUGCCUCUCUUUAUUCUUGCCGAGACCAGUGCCGGUUACGGUCUGUUCAAGGCUGCCGACAAAAAGCUGCUCGACUCGGACAAUCUAUCCGAUCGUCUUUCGACCGUUGACAAGAUCGUCAAGGAGAUCAAAUACAAGGAGUUUGCGAAGUUUGACAGCGCGGCGACCGCGCUCGAGGAAAUCGCUGGUGUCAUUGAGGGCAAGGUCACGCCGAAGCUGGCCGGUCUGCUCAAUGAGUUCAAAGACGAGAAGAAGGUCACUCUGGCCGUGGCUGAGAGCAAACUCGGCAGCUCGAUCGUCAAGCUCCCCGAGUUGAACAUCAAGCCCAUCUCCGAUUCAUCGACCAACGACCUUUUCCGUGCCAUUCGCCAGCAUCUGCCCGAGCUCAUCCCAGGCAUGCUCCCAGAGAACUUCCAGGAGAUGGCUCUGGGCUUGUCGCACUCGCUCUCGCGCCACAGGCUGAAGUUCUCCCCAGACAAGGUGGACGUUAUGAUCGUACAUGCUGUGUCUCUGCUUGAUGAUUUGGACAAGGAGCUGAACACGUACGCUAUGCGUGUGAAGGAGUGGUACGGAUGGCACUUCCCGGAACUGGCGAAGAUCCUACCGGACAACCUCUCGUACGCCAAGGUCAUUGUCACUCUCGGCAUGCGUUCUAAUGCUACCGAUGCCGACCUCUCAGAGAUCUUGCCCCAUGAGAUUGAGACUGCCGUGAAGGCUGCCGCGGAUAUCAGCAUGGGUACCGAAAUCACCGAGGAAGAUCUCGAGAACAUCAAACUGCUUGCCGAGCAGGUCAUCAGCUACUCCGAGUACAGGAAACAGCUUUCCGAGUACCUUGAGAACCGCAUGAAGGCCAUUUCGCCCAACAUGACGGAGCUCGUUGGCGCGCUCGUCGGUGCCCGUCUCAUCGCGCACGCCGGUUCUCUUAUCAGCCUCGCCAAGAACCCCGGUUCCACCAUCCAAAUUCUUGGUGCUGAGAAGGCUCUCUUCCGUGCCCUCAAGACGAAGCACGCGACCCCCAAGUACGGUCUCAUUUACCAUGCUUCGCUGGUUGGCCAGGCCUCCGGCGCGAACAAGGGCAAGAUGGCCCGUCAACUCGCCUCCAAGGUGGCUCUUGGUGUCCGCACCGAUGCUCUGGCCGAGUUUGAGGAUGACGCGGAUGACGAGACCCGCGCCAACCUUGGUAUCCGCUCUAGGGCCAAGCUUGAGAACAACCUGCGGUUGUUGGAAGGCAAGCCACUAUCGAAGGGCGUCAACGUUGACCCCAACGGUAUGGCAUUAGGUGCUCCCUCCAAGUGGGAUAUCAAGGAGGCUCGCAAGUACAACAUCGAUGCCGACGGCCUUGCUGCUGAUGCGGAGGCUCCUAAGCGGCCUCUCAUCGAGGAGGUCGACGAGGAAAUGGCCGAGCUCGAUGUUGGGGAGGACUCUGACGAGGAAAUGGAGGAAGCCCCCAGCAAAAAGGACAAGAAGGAUAAGAAGGACAAAAAGGAGAAGAAGGACAAGAAGUCCAAGAAGUCCAAGGAUGCCGAAGCGCCCGCGCCCGUCGAGAUUACCGAGAAGGACUACGAGCGUCUGGCGAAGGAGAUUGGCAUCUCCGUGUCCAAGUUUGCGCGUAAGUUCGAGAAGGGCCAGAUCAAGGUCAAUGCCGAUGGGUCAGUCGAGGUUCUUAGCAAGAAGGACGCCAAGGCCGCCGACGAGGAUGCCGACGUCGAAACGCCAGUGAAGCCCAAGAGCUCCAAGCGCAAGCAUGACGCCGAGCAGGAGACCCCAGUCAAGGAGGACAAGCCGAAGAAGAAGAAGAAGAAGUCGAGCAAAGAGUAG